AUGUUCGGCUUGCUGUCGAGCCUAGGUGAAGCGUCAAGAACUGUUGCAGCGCCGGUGUACAUGAAACGGGGGGAUGUGCCCCUUCAUACUCCGCUGGACACCACGAAUCGCUCAGUGAGCCCUACAAGCCGUGUGGUCUAUCGCACGCCGAGCACCAUCAGCAGUCCCAGCAUUGUGCAACGGUCUGUGUCUCCUUUGAGCCCCACUAGGAUUCGACGCGAAGCAGACAGUCCCGUUGGCAGCCCGAGCGUUGUUUAUCGAGCUGUAAGCCCAGUGAGUAGCCCGAGCAACGUGAGAACCAUCAUUCCCGUCAGUAGCCCCACAAAGCGUGCCGCGAGUCCUGUUAGUAGUCCAGGCAACGUUUAUCGGGCCGUCAGCCCGGUGACCAGUCCAGGCAGUGUGUACCGUGCCGUGAGCCCUGCGACCAGUCCAAGCAAUGCCCAAUCCGUGCAGUUACCACAAGCUGUUCCUGUUCCUGCUAUUAGCCCAAGCUUUGUUCCUGUGCUCAGCCCUAGCCUUGUAGCCCCUGUGAACAGUCCGAGUGACAGCCCCACGAGCAAUGCAGGCCUUUACUAUACGGUUUGCUCAGUCCCGGCUCCGGUGACUUGGGUUGCGCCACUGCCGGGCGAAGUGCCCAUCUCGGUGCUACAACCGACGCUGCAGGAUCCAAUCACUCCGCGCUCAUCCAGCUCAAGUCGCUUUCGAAGUGGAAGUGUGCAGGGCAGACAGAGCAGCGGCAGGAGGCGUGCUCCGCCGCCCUUCAGUCCUCAGUCCUCCAAAAGUACGUUGGGCUCGCCCACCAGCAGGACACCGUCGAAGCAAUUGAGGCGUGGUGCAAGCGUCGACUUGUCAGACCAGAAGGCAAGAGGCCGACAGGACUCCACCAGCAUCGAGCCUUUGCAUCACACCUACUCUCAAACCUUCCGAGAUGGUGACCGGCCGCUGCCUGGUGGACGCUCCAGGUCUUCCCGCUCAUUGUCUCGUUCAUUGUCUCGCAGCUCCUCCCGGGACCUGCUGCAAGAUAGAGAGCAUCCAUGCCAUCGCUUGUCUCGAGCAAGCACAGCCAGCUUCAGGAUGAAGCAGCUCUCGCAGCGCAGAGGUUCUGCGUUUCGUGAUCGUUUUGAAGGCUUGACGCGGACUCUUGGAGGAGGUGGAUCCAAGAGUCGCUCUGCGUCACCGAGCGCCCGGUCGGCAACACCGACUCGUUCUGCUACCCAAGGGUGGUUUCCAACAUAUCAGCCCCUUCAGCAUGGCUAUGUGUCCAAACAUGUUGCCAAUGCUUCUUGGAAUAGAAGCUUACGUGACCGUGCUCUCCCAACACCAGAAGCGCCUUUGCCAUUUCCAGUACGAUCGAAGAACAUGCGCUGA